AUGAAGCUCUCAAGCAUUUCCACCGUGAGCAGUUUUCUGGCUCUUGCUUCCGCUCAGCUGUAUACCGAAACUGUUCCAGUUGUGUGUUCUGGCGCCCCCCCAUCCACUGUCACCCAGACUGUCACGAUCACCGAAGGAAGAUCUGGUCCAUAUUACCCCACCACUACUUUAGGCUAUCCCAUUACAUCAAAAUAUGUUAUCACAGCAGAUGGAACGGUGACCUCUGUCAAUUAUGAUGGAGAGACCGUGUCCACAGUCUGGGCUUACCCAACCGGUACCGGGAACAAAAAGCAUUGUACCGUUGCUACCUAUGAGAACGACAUUGUAAUCGACGUUAGCAUUGUCGAUAUCACGAUCAUCAUCAUUGAUGGUUUUCAUGUGACGAAGACUGCUACUGUAACCGAUAGCAUCACUUAUACUCCAACUCCUCCUAUUCAAACCACCACUACCUGGCCCCACAGCACUGAGACCGGUAACACGUAUGGCGAAAUCCAUCAUGUGACUGUAGGCGAUAAAGGUCUCAAUGUUUACUCUCCAAACCAAAUUAACGCCAACGUGGGUGAUAUCAUUCGAUUCACAUUCCUCGCCAGAAACCACACCGUCACUCAAUCCAACUUCAACACCCCCUGCAACUUCAACGGUGGUUUCGAUACUGGCUUCAAUCAAUUCAAUCCCACCAACGCUACCAAUAUCACCCGCGAUUUCGUCGUCAACACAAACAAACCAAUUUGGUUCUACUGUGCUCAAGCAAAUCCAAAAUCACAUUGUCAAUCCGGCAUGGUCCUUGGUAUCAAUCCCGCUGGUAGAUUCGAUACUUUCUUAGAAAAAGCAAAUAAUAGUGGUAACUCCACAGUCUUUCCCUCUGAAACUGGAUAUAUCACCGGCGUUCCAGCUCCGACUGGUACUUACGUUACUAAGACUGGAUCUUGGAUCAGUGGGGUUCCAGCUCCCUCUGGAUAUUCCUCGACAAUUUCUGAGGAGGCGACAUAUACUCCUUUCUACAAGUAUCCUUCUAUCAAGAGAAGAUCAUUCCAGGCAUAA